CCCACAGAAAAUAUACUCUCCUCCAUACCAAUCUUUGUUUAUAUAUUGACGCAUACAUUCACUCUCCAAAUUAAUCAAAAGCUUAUCUAGUUCUUGACAUUUCAAAGAUCUUUUGAUCCAUCAAUGGCACCAUCCGCUGCAAUGCUCAUACUCUCACAUCCUCUAAUUAGCCACAAAACGACGAAUCAGUCUCCGUCGUCGCCGGCUGUUAAGUCGACACGUGUCUUUGAUUUUGUUUUGCCUUGGAAGGCAUCAGACGGUGAGGAUCGUUCCGCGGUUGGUCUUGGCCGGCUAUUUGGCGAUCCGGCUACUGUCGAGAAGCGCUUCCAAGAAGCUCUUGAACUUAGCUGCUGGUAAUUCGAACAAUGUCUUUUUUCUUUUUGUUUGGGGCAAUAUGUAAUGUAUUGUGAUUGGGUUUAUUAUUGUUUUCAUGUAAAAAAGCCUUGUCUUGGAAAUGAAGUGAUGUAAAGUUA